GGCGCCUUGGGAGCGGGCGCUCGGCAGGGCCUCCUCGGCCCGGGCGCGGCGCGGCGCGGCUCGGCGACAGGGCGAGCGAACGCGCCGGGAGCACGCAGGCGCUCUGCUCCGGUUGGCCCUCGGCCGGCGCGCGGCGCGGGAGCAGCCCGCAGCCCGGCCCCGCGCCCCGCGCCCCGCGCCUCCCGCGCCCCCCGGCCGCCCGUCGGCAGCGGCCCCUCGGCAACCCGCCCACCCCGAGCGCGCGCGGCGGCGGCGGGACGGGCCCGGGCCGCCCGAGCGCGCCCUCCCGCCCGCGGCCACUCGCAGCCGGCGCUGGCCGGGCCGACGCGCCCCGCGGGCGGCCGGAGCGCGGCCUCGGCCUCGGCUUCGGCGGGAGCGAGCCCCGGGCCGCAGCCCGCGGGAGGCGGCGCGGGCGGCGGCGGGCACUGACGGCGUCGCGGGGCGCUCCCGGGCGGCGGCGCAGCAGCGCAGGGGGCGGAGGCAGGGGCGCCCCGGCCAGGAUGCUGCGGUUCCUGCGCCGGACCUUUGGCCGUCGCUCCAUGCAACGCUACGCGCGGGGCGCGGCGGGGCGCGGGGCCGCCGGGCUGGGGGACGAGCGCGACGGGGGGCCGCGCGGGGGCCCGGCCACCGCCGCUGCGUCCUCGGCGCUGCCGGCUGCGCCUGGGGGCAGCGUGUUCCCGGCCGGCGGCGGGCCCCUGCUCACGGGCGGCGCGGCCGUGCACAUCUCCGCCGCCGGCGCGGCCAAGGCCACCCUCUACUGCCGCGUCUUCCUGCUCGACGGGACCGAAGUGAGCGUGGACCUGCCGAAACAUGCCAAAGGCCAGGACUUGUUUGACCAGAUCGUGUACCACUUGGACCUUGUGGAAACAGAUUACUUUGGUCUCCAGUUCCUUGAUUCUGCCCAAGUCACGCAUUGGCUGGAUCAUUCCAAACCCAUAAAAAAGCAAAUGAAAAUUGGACCUGCUUAUGCUUUGCACUUUCGAGUUAAAUACUAUUCUUCAGAACCGAACAACCUUCGAGAAGAGUUUACAAGGUACCUGUUUGUUUUACAACUCAGGCAUGACAUUCUUUCUGGAAAAUUGAAAUGCCCCUAUGAAACGGCUGUGGAAUUAGCUGCUCUCUGUUUACAAGCGGAGCUUGGGGAGUGCGAGCUUCCAGAACACACACCAGAGCUUGUGUCUGAGUUUCGGUUCAUUCCAAAUCAGACAGAAGCGAUGGAAUUUGAUAUCUUCCAGAGAUGGAAAGAGUGCAGGGGAAAGAGCCCUGCCCAGGCGGAACUCUCCUACCUGAAUAAAGCGAAGUGGCUGGAAAUGUAUGGGGUAGACAUGCACGUUGUCAGGGGAAGAGAUGGCUGUGAAUAUUCUCUUGGACUGACCCCGACAGGCAUAUUAAUCUUUGAAGGAGCUAACAAAAUAGGCUUAUUCUUUUGGCCUAAGAUUACCAAAAUGGAUUUUAAAAAGAGCAAACUGACCCUUGUGGUGGUCGAGGAUGAUGACCAGGGACGUGAGCAGGAGCACACGUUCGUGUUCCGCUUGGACAGCGCCCGCACCUGCAAGCACCUGUGGAAGUGUGCCGUGGAGCACCAUGCUUUCUUCCGCCUGCGCACACCAGGGAAUGGCAAGUCCAGCAGAUCCGACUUCAUUCGCCUGGGCUCCCGCUUCCGGUUCAGUGGACGGACGGAAUACCAAGCUACACAUGGUGCCAGGUUGCGAAGAACCAGCACCUUUGAGAGGAAACCUAGCAAACGUUACCCAUCCCGGAGGCAUUCCACGUUCAAAGCCAGCAACCCAGUGAUAGCUGCUCAGCUCUGCUCUAAAACAAAUCCCGAAGUCCAUAAUUACCAGCCUCAGUACCAUCCUAAUGUCCACCCCAGCCAGCCCCGGUGGCACCCUCAUUCUCCAAAUGUCAGCUACCCGCUCCCCUCCCCAGUGCUCAGCCCCUCGGACCGGCUGCCAUUUGGCAUUGAGGAGAACGGGGGCACACCGUUCCCCCCCAAAGCUUCUGGAAGGCAUCACCACCAGCACCAGCACCAGCACCAGCACCACUCCCACUACGGCCUCUCACUGACCCUAGAGAGCAAAGAAGGGCCUCUGAGGUCCCCGAACUCCAGCAGCAAGCCCCUUACCAAGUUGAACCCGGGAGCACCUGCCCUGUUCAGCGAAGCUGCCGCUCAUCUGAAGAAGCUGGAACUGGAGACAGUGAAGGCUGCUGGACCCUGGCCCGCCCUGCACAUCAACAUCAACAAGGCUGAAGAGAAGAAAGUUUCGGAGAAGACCCUUCAGAGCCCACUGUUGCCUUCCCCCGUGGUGGAUCACGUGAAGUGCAACAUUUUGAAAGCGCAGUUGGAGAAUGCUCCUCGGGUGAAUGCCCAGAUUGGAAAAGAAGAAUCAAUGUUUGUAAAUAUCAAUAAGAAAUCCAGUCUUCAGGACACUAAUGUAAGAAGUCCUAUCCCAAUACGUGUGGAAACUGCCCAGCCUGCUGUGGAAAAGCUGGAAAUCAAGCCUCCCCGAGUGAGGAAGUUAACAAGACAAUAUAGCUUUGAUGAAGACGACCUCCCUCCAGACCUGGCUGAGGCAGUGGGCACCACCACAGCUACAACCACAGACACCAUGACUGCUGCCACACAAGUCUCGGUGCCACUGGCAUCCCCCAAGGUCCAGAAAGUCAGCUCACCUCAGAAGUCAGAAGGCAAGAGCCCGCUGUCCCCGGGGGCCAAGAGCCCCUCUGACCGAGGAGGCACCUUCACCUUGGAGCCGGGUGAUCUUCUCAUGGAUUUCACAGAAGUGACUCCUCUGGCAGAACCCGCCAGCAACCCCCACUGUGCCCACUCUCGCUGUUCUCCUCCACUCUCUCUCCCCAUGAAGGAAGAGACCACUGGAGUUUGCAUGUACCCUCCAAUCAAAACGAGGCUGAUAAAAACAUUCCCGGCUGACCCAAUGAGCCCGUUUCCUGAUCCUUUUACGACAGGGCCGCAGUUCACCGCAGACUUUAGAGACAGUAAAUUACAGUGCUGUCCUGGCCAGUCUUCCCCGCUGAUUCCAGCAGCAGCCCUGCGGCCUUUGACAGAGACCGUCUCCACAGUACAGACCAUCUACACCACCCGGAAGCCUGUUUCUCUGGCAGCCAGUGCAGAGACACUCCGGCAGGAACUGGAAAGAGAGAAGAUGAUGAAAAGACUGCUGAUGACUGAACUGUGAAAUUCCCCUUUGUUGGCCGGAGGAUGGCAUGGUGCCUUCUGUCCGUUUCCUUUCCUCGGGCUCUGUGUGCUCACUCCAGCACAACACACAAAUGUUGUGACUCUGUUCGCCCAGGUCUCCAUGGUCAGUGGAAGCCAGCUUCGGGCUUGACUUUUAUUGGAAAAGUUAUUUUAUGUCUCCUGAGCAUGAGAGGUUUUUUCCUGCUCAGUGUAGUGGAGACAGGAUUUGGUAAGUCUAGAAGCAGAAAGAGGGGAAAACAGGGAUUCCAAAUUGAGAGGUUCCUGUGUGUAUCUGUUAAGUACCACGGGGUCAACCCUCUGCUAACAGUCUCAACCAUGUGAUUUUGUAUGAUAGAAACUUGCACCAAGCAUCGACUGUUUGUUAAAAGAGUCAUUUUUAAUGAGAGAAUAAUUCUUUACUGCUGGUUUUUCAUUUACACUGAUAAAUACACAGAUCUUAUAAAGUCCUUUAUUUUUAUUCAGACUUGAGUAGAUGAACUAAAAAAAAGAAAGUUACAUGUCACUACCACUAAAAGUACUUCAGCUUAAUCUGAAAUAUAAUUUAAUGUGUGGACUUGAAUAUGAGUUUAUCUAGGAUAAAUAGAAUUUAUCAUUGGACCCCCAAGUAGGAAAUUCUAACUUAAAUUACCUAAAAAAUCCUUUCAAUGUUAAAAUAAUUUGAUAUCAAGGAAAUUCAUUUGAGUUUUCCAAAAAGGAAAAUUAUUUCUAAAGUUAAUCAAUUCAUAUACCGUUGGUAGAAACUUGACCAGAAGAAACUUUGCUCCCUUUUUGUAUAGUUUCAAGAAAUGUGUUUUUAAAUUUUUAUUAUGCACUUGAACAACCUUUGCAGGAAUAAAGGAACCCCCAAACCACAAAUUACCCUCUAAAUUAUUUCCCUAGCUUUCUCAAUGAAUAUGCACAUGUUUUUACAUAGCUAUGAUUAGCAUAGACAUUCUUUUGUUGUAUUUCCCCUCUGGUGAACACUUUUCUCCAUAUCAGCCAGGUCCUAUGCUCACCAAUUUCAAUGUCUUUAAAUCCAUGUAACACAGCUAACCUCACUUCUCCCCAUUAUUAGAUAUUUGAGUUACAUCCAAUUUUUCACUCUUAUAAAUAGUGCUGCUAUGAAUGUCUUUGUAAAAAAAAAAAUAUGCUCCUUCCUUUGGAUUAUUCCCUUAGGAAUAUCUCCAAAGAGGGAUACAAGGUCAAAGAGCAUGAGGUAUUUUAUAGCUCUUGUUUUAUAUUGCCAGAUUGCUUUCUAGAAAGAUCCAAUCUCUGGAUUGGAAGGACCUCAAAGGUCAUCUAGUUUCACUCCCUACCCCCUCUGAAUGCUUGAACCCGUUUAAAAUUUAUGAUGCCACCAGCAAUGUAUAAGCAUUUCUGUUUGCCAGUAGCUCUGCCAGUGUUGGGUUUUGCCAUUUUAAUUUAUUUUUGCUAGUUUAAUAGAUGUGUAUAGUUGUUCUUGAAAAGUUUUUUUAUUUCAUUAAUUGCUAGCAAGGCUGAGCACUUUUCCGUGUGAUGAUUUUACUAGCUGUAUUUCCCUAUAUGUAAGCUGUCCAUUCAUUUCUGACGACCGCUUGUUAAGUAGAAUUGAUCUCAAACAUUUGUAUCAGAACUGCAUUUUUCUGUUGUAUUGUAUAGUUUGCUCUCCUGUCCCUAUCCUGACAACUGAAUGGUGCCAAUAAUUUGAUACUAAUGACUAUAAAAAAGCAAUGCCUCAUUUGUUAGCAUUAUUGUCAAUGAGGUACAUAAACAAAUAUUCAGAUAACCAAGGAGUAACCCUUUAAGUGCUGACUUUAAAAUUUUAAUAUUUUUUGAGGGAAAUCUUUCUAUGAUGUAUUACAUACUUCCCUGCCUUAGAAAACAGAGUAUACUGGAGAGUAUUCAACCUUUUCUUGAUGAACCAUUGUCAUCAUUAUAAACAUCAGCCCUGUAUUUACCUUGGUAUGGUGCAGUGAUGUCACCAAGAGCUAUCAAAAUGUGUAGGGCUUAGCUUGGCCUUUUGUAGGCUGUGACGCUCUUCUCAUUGGUGGCUUUUUACUGCUGCCUGCUCUAUCAGUAGAGCUAUCUGGGGUACUUGUAGUUGGAGGGGCUUUUUACCCCCACGACCUACCCCCAGCUUUAGCUGUUAUUUAUCUCGUGUACCUGACACAAAAUGUGUUCCUGUAGAACAUGGAGUUGUCACCUCUUGCCAAUCUAGCAACCUCUGCCUCUUCUGUACUGCUUUCUGAGGCCUCUAUUCCCUAUCUCCUGCCCUCUGAUGGAAACUUCCAGGACACCGCUGGAGGUUUCCCAGGGAAGCCAGGAAACAAGUAUUUCAUAUACAUCAGGUUCGCUUUGCUUCUGAGGAGGGAUGCAUGGAUGUCUUGGCUGCUGUUACAGGAGUCUGAGUCUCCUGCUUUGUCCCCACAUCCCCCUGUGUUCCCAGGUGUUUCAGAAAUUUGAUGUCACUGGAAGUCUGAGCACAAAUAAGUUAGUUGUUACUGUAUAUGAAAACCCAGUAUCCUUGGCAGCUCACCUCUAACCAGUAAAUUCCAGAGGACUCCAU